AUGAAGGGUUUCGGUAUUGCCACAGCCAUCGCGGCCGCGAGCAUGCUCGUGUCCAAGGUCGCUGCUGACGUUGACCCUAUUGUCAUCAAGGGUUCCAAGUUCUUCUACAAGACCAACGGUACCCAGUUCUUCAUGCGCGGUGUCGCAUACCAGGAGGACGUCCAGAACACCACCGACACUUCCUACACCGACCCUCUGGCCGAUGCAUCCAUCUGCUCGCGUGAUAUCCCUUACCUCAAGGCUCUUCGCACAAACACUAUCCGUGUUUACGCCAUCGACCCCACAAAGAACCACGAUGACUGCAUGAACAUGCUCGCAGAUGCUGGCAUCUACGUCGUUUCUGACCUUUCCGCCCCCGACCAGUCCAUCAACCGCAACGACCCUGCCUGGAACGAUGAUCUGUAUGAGCGCUAUGUCUCAGUCGUGGACGCAUUGGCACCGUACUCCAACACCCUUGGUUUCUUCGCCGGUAACGAGGUCUCCAACUCCAAGAAUACCACCAACGCCAGCGCUUUCGUCAAGGCUGCUGUUCGCGACACCAAGGCAUACAUCGCUUCCAAGGGAUACAGACAGCUCGGUGUCGGUUACGCUACCUCUGACGACUCCGACAUCCGUGUCAACAUGGCCGACUACUUCGACUGCAGCUCCGACACCGCCCUCAACAUUGACUUCUGGGGUUACAACGUCUACUCUUGGUGUGAUCCCUCCAGCUACCAGGAGAGUGGCUACGCUGCCCGCACCGAGGAGUUUUCUACCUACUCUGUCCCUGUCUUCUUCGCCGAGUACGGUUGCAACACUGUUCGUCCUCGUACUUGGGGUGAAGUUGAAGCUCUUUACGGCAGCGACAUGACCGAGGUCUGGUCUGGUGGUAUCGUCUACAUGUACUUCGAGACCGAGAAUGAGUACGGUCUUGUCUCCGUCUCCAACAACAAGGUUUCUACUCUUGGUGACUACUCCAACCUGUCUAAGGCUAUGGCAACUGUCUCUCCCUCCGGCGUCAACAGCGCUUCCUACACUCCCUCCAACACUAUCGCUUCCUGCCCGGCCACCGGCACUGCCUGGGCUGCUGCUGCCAGUCCCCUUCCCCCAUCGCCCAACCAGGAGCUGUGCAGCUGCAUGUUCAACUCCUUGAGCUGCAACGUCAAGUCCAGCGUCAGUGAAGAGGCCUACGGUGACAUGUUUGGCUACGUCUGUGGCGCAAGCCCUUCCUCCUGCGCUGGAAUUGCUCACAACGCUACCACCGGCAACUACGGUGCCUACAGCAUGUGCAACUCUACCGAACAGCUUGGCUUCGUCCUUGACCAGUACUACUCGGCUCAGCCUUCCGCUCAGCGUGCCAGCGCUUGCGGCUUCAGCGGCUCUGCUACUCUCAAGUCGGCUGCCAAGCCUACUGGUGUCUGCUCGUCCUUGAUGGCCCAAGCUGGAACCGCUGGUACCGGUAAGGUUACCGCCUCUCCCACCACCGGUUCUGGUGCUGGAGCCACUGCUGGCUCUGGCUCUGGCUCUGGCUCUGGUGGUAGCAGCAGCAAGGCCAGCGGUUCUGGUUCGCAAGGUGCUGCUUCUACCAUGUCCAUCCAGUCUGUCCAGAUCGGUGGUUACACCCUUGGCCUUUCCGCCUUUGUCGCCAUCUUCUCUGGCGCUGCUGCCCUUCUUCUGUAA